AAAUACUGUAUAAUCUAACAAUAUUAUUUAGUUCAUAAAAGAAAACUUAAAUUCAAACUCUUUUGCUGCUCAACUCAAUUUCUCAACCGGAACCCUGAACCACGUUCCGGCGCCGGAUGGAAGAGAUUGACGCAUUCUCCUCCGCCGAUGCCGGCAAAACUCUAAAGGAUUGUGAACGCAUGAUUCAGACGAGUCUCAAAUCUCCAAUGGUGAAAUUCUUGAGAGAACACUUGGAGAAAGCUGGUUGUCCCGUUCAAGACAAUUUCUUCAAAGCUAUUAACUGUGAUAAGCGUUAUGCCGGCGGUUACAUUUCCGGUGAAGGGAUUGUUGUAUGUGCAAAUCGAAUGGAAGUGCAAGACAAUGUUAACCAGGCUAUAACUCACGAGCUAAUUCAUGCAUUUGAUGACUGUCGAGCAGCAAACUUGGAUUGGACUGAAUGUGCUCAUCAUGCUUGUAGUGAGAUAAGGGCUGGUCAUCUAAGUGGUGAUUGUCAUUUCAAACGGGAACUUCUACGGGGAUUUAUGAAUAUACGAGGGCAUGAACAAGAAUGCAUCAAAAGAAGAGUUUUGACAUCGUUGUCUUCAAAUCCGUAUUGCUCUGGUUCAACUGCCAAGGAUUAUAUGGAAUCUGUAUGGGAUGUUUGUUAUAAUGAUACAGCUCCUUUCGAUAGAGCUCCUUAAAAAUUACAUGUGGCUACCAGUUUAUGGCAUAGAAGCCAUUAUUUCCAUUCCUUGCCUCAAGUGACCAAAAGUGUAAUUCAAAUCACAGAAAAAUAUUACUUAUUUAUUUUUAGCUGAGAUUUCUAUAUUUUUUGAAAUUGUAACUGUAUAUGGAAAAUUUUCUUCUCAUUUUUUCUUGGUUUUCAUAAAUGGAUGUUAGUUGAACACUUGUGCAGUAUACUGAAUCCAAAUUUGGUUGUUACUGAA